AUGACCAAGAUCUUUCUACUUGGCGAUAUAAUCUCUAUUGCCUUGCAAGGAAUUGGCGGUGGAAAGCUUGUGAAUGCUGAUACCCCAGAUGACAGAACGACAGGAGAGAAUAUCAUUAUCGCCGGCUUGACAGUCCAAGUCUUGUUCUUUGGUCUGUUCAUAGCUGUGACGGGACUCUUUCACUUCCGAUUUGCUAGGCAUUCUACAUCACGACCAUUUAACUGGCAGAGACUUUUGGUGGUGAUCUACGUGGCAAGCGUGCUCGUCCUUAUCAGAUCGCUCUUCCGUGUGAUCGAGUACAUUCAGGGACAUGACGGAGAGCUUCAAUCCAAAGAGGUCUAUAUCCUUGUCCUUGAUCCUAUUCCAAUGGCGAUUGCCAGCGUUGGUCUCAAUAUCUUCCAUCCUUCGAAAUACAUGAAAAGCACGAGGAAGCCACUCGACAAUUCGGAUAGCGAGGUCGCAUUGAGUGACCCGCAGGGCCACUCGUUGGGAACCGUGGUGAGCAGAAGGCAAGAGGUCCAGGGCUAA